GCAUUGCCUUUUAGACCCUUUAAAUUUGCAGAGAAUUCAGUGCGCAGUAUUCCUCGUACAGCUUACUUUCGGUAUUAGGUCGUACAUAAGUACUCGUGUUAAUUCAUAAAUCGAGACGCAAUCUCGGUUUUAUUAAGGAAUGUAAAUUGGGGUAGUCGCCAGCGAUGGGCUCACUCCUCUAUAGUUUGGUUUCAAAAAUUAAAGCCUCACCAGUUUCACAUUUACUUCUUGUCAUAACAUUUCUGGUAUCUGGGCUGGUAGUUAAUUUGGCUCAGUUGAUACUGUAUUUUGGAGUCCGCCCUUUCAGCAAAUAUUAUUUUCGCAAACUGAACUAUUAUGUGGCAUACUCACUUUAUUGCCAGUUAUUGUUUGUUGCGGAGUGGUGGGGCAGUACUGAUCUGAUAAUUUACAUAAAUAAAGAUGACUUUGAGAAGUAUUAUGGACAAGAGCAUGGCUAUUUAUGCAUGAACCAUCGAUAUGAAAUUGAUUGGCUUAUGGGCCUGCUGUUCUGUGAUCGAAUACAUAUGCUGGCGAAUUGUAAAACUUUUGCCAAGAAAUCAAUCCAGUAUGUUCCAACUAUGGGGUGGGCAUUCAAAUUUGGUGAAUGUGUGUUUCUUGAUAGAAACUGGGAAAAAGAUAAGGAAACCAUUGGCAGACAGCUAAGAGAACUUGUAGAGUAUCCAGAUCCCAUGUGGCUAUUGCUGACUGCUGAAGGAACACGUUUUACACCAGAAAAGCAUGUAAAUAGCCUCAAAUUUGCAAGGGAAAAAGGCUUGCCUGAAUUAAAGCAUCAUUUGACACCACGCACCAAGGGUUUUACAGCAAGUGUACCCUACUUAAAGGGAAAAGUUGGAGCAAUAUAUGAUGUACAAUUUGCUUUCAAAAAAACAGAAACUCCCACUAUCAAUAACUUUCUACAAGGCAAAAGUGUGGAAGCUCACCUCUACAUUGAUCGUAUUCCUUUAGAAGAAGUACCUACAAAAGAAGAAGAAUGUGCUGCAUGGUUGCAUCAGUUAUACCAGAAAAAGGAUCGAAUGAUGGAUAGCUUUUUCAACACUGGUGAUUAUUUCGCGCAAAGUGGUGUUCAGCGCGUUGAACCAUUUCGUCUCCCUCGACGAUACUGCAGUUUGUUGAAUACUCUGUCCUGGGCAGUUGUUGUGUUGGUACCGAUUGGCUAUGGCUUACUUAAACUCCUCACCUCUGGCUCUACUGUCUACUUUAUGAUUGGUACAACAAUCAUUGCCAUUUUUUUCGUGGUUCUUUACAAGAUGAUUGGAAUCACAAAAAUUAGCAAAUCAUCAUCUUAUGGUAAAGAUAAACCUUCUAAGGGAGAUACCAAAAAGACUGAGUAACGGAUGGGAAUGUGCAUGGUAAUGCUAAUUUGUUCCUUAGUUAUCACAGUAGCAUUGUGCAGCAACAGGUUUUCUUUAAACAUUUUAUGUUUAUAUGUUCCUGUGGGUAAAAGUUGAUGCACCAGAAGAGAAGACUAUCAGUACAUGUAAUCACCUUUCUUCUUUCUGUACAUGUCUGUCUCCUGAAACAAAAUGAAAUUUUACUUGGGAGGCACAAAGUAGUACUAGAGUUGUAUGGCUCAUGAAUAAUUUGAAACCAGAACAGUUUGUACUAAACUACAUGUAGUCACCAUCGCAUUUGUUGUUUAGAUGCCCAUUUCCAUUUGUGCAAAGAUAUGAUGUGGUAUUUUAUGGACCACAUUGAAGAAAAUAAACACCUAAUGUAGUUUGUCAGAUAGUUACAAAAAAUUCUGUUCUGACAUGGAUGUGAUGAAGUAUACAGUGGUAACACAUUGUAUUACAGUUAGUUAAGAAGAAAACCGUGUUUUUAAAAGCUUUUUUGAUUUUGGGGAACUGAAAGGGAGGUAAUCUCAUAAAAUGAUUUCUGUAAGUAUAAAAUGAAACAAUUUUGUCUUUUUGUACAGAAAUACCGCAGUUUCUCCCUAUGUAAAAUCUCCGCCAGGUUUAUCAUGUAGUUUUGAUUUGUGUUGUGAAUAAAUCCUGCGUAAUUUUGUACAUCUCUCCUAUUGUUUUCCCCCUCGUUGAUGGGAUUCAGAAAUUUUUUAUAAAGCAUAUCAUGACAACUUGGUCAAAGACUGGUGUAACGUUGUUCCACUGGAGAUGUCUUGCCAUACCAGUACAAAGUGUUCUUCCUGUUUUUAAAUUUUUAUUUGUAAAUUCAGAGCUGUAUGGCACCCAUUGAAUGUGUUACAUUACAAAUUAACUUAGUAAAGUAUCAAUGCUGCCAAAAUUUAUAUUUUAAAUAUUACUUGCAAUCAUUGUUGUAGUAAUUAUAUUGAGAGCUUUUCAUAAAUAACUGUCUAAAAUGCAUUUAUUUUAAUUUUGGUUGAUAUAUCAUUAGACAUCUUUUGUGUUCAUGUGCUGAUCACCCACAAGUCUGAUGAUAGUGUUAGCACUAUAAAAAGACAGAAAAUUAUGUACUUCAUAAUGCAUUUACUUAAUUCUUUAUUCUUAACUAAGUUACCUUUAGAACAAGUCUUACUUCUGGCAGUUUUCUUUGUCAGCAUAUUUCCUUAAUGUUUUUAUGCAUUACAUAAUAGUAGUGCUGCUAAGUGAAAUGUAAUACUUGUUUCUUUCUCAUUUUAGAGAAUGUUAAACUUCAGCACAAUCAUAGGUAUUUGUGUUGCUGCUGUGUUAUUAUUACUGCUUCCUUGAUGACGUAGGAAGUUUCUCCUAAAUAUGUAAAUACUCACAGCCAAAGAUGUUUGCUUCAGUUAUAAGAAUGUUC